GGAACUAUGGUAAUUUCAUUUAUUAAGUAGCUGGCGUCAUUUUUCAAAUAAGUGCCCCAUUUCAAUUUGAUUUCCAAUUGCAAUCCAGUUUCAUAUGUCAACUGGUCUUACUUCUAUAAGUCUCCUACCUUUGUUUGUAGGUUCUUGAAUCCAUUAGGCUUUAAGCGAUGAUUAUUUGCCCCUGAUUCCUUCAUUGUUUUCUUUUAAAUCAAUACCGGCAAAAAAUGUAGUAACUCAUUUCCUUUACAGAUAGUUAAACAUGGCAUUAUUUUCUGGUCCAGGCACUGCUGUUGGAUGAAAUUGUCUUUGUUUUAUACAGACUUCAAAUAUGAUCAGCUUAGACAUACAAGCCCAAUUUCAAAGACAUGUCAGCAAGCACUGAUUUUUCUAAAAUGAACUCUUGGAGGGUUGAAAAGGAGGACUGAACUGAGCAAAUGGUAUCAGACGUCAUUGCUGUGAAACAGAACAUUGCGAUUAAUAACGGCCGCUUUGUAUAAACAUAAAUAAUUAGGCAGAGAUACUGUUAGUCUUCAGCUAUUACUACAACUACCACACAACAGAGAAUUGCCUUUAUCCAAUCCGCUACCAAUUGGUCUUCCUACUCUAGACUACCGUACUUGUUUGAUUUUGACAACUCAGCACCAUACGCCAAUGUGAAGAAAACCAAAUUGUUAACUUACCUACAUUUCAACAUUGUGAAACAUUGCCUAUUACUACUUUGCGAAGUGAAUCAAUCAAUCGAACUGAAUAUCACCAGGAUAGUCAGAUAGUUGUGCAGUGUCUACAAAAGAUUACUUGAUGACUUGGGUCAUUUGGGACUUAUUUUGACAGUUGAAUCACAACUGAUGCAAAAGCAGUAAUUCCAAACAAUGGCUAGUUAUCAUUACCAGCAAAGUCAGGACCCAGGAGGCGCUAACUUCAGCGGGGUGCCCUCAGUUGUCCCAAUUCCAGGAAAUGACCAGCAACCACAUGUGUACAAUGUAGCGUCCCAGUUUCCACAGAAUCCGAAUGCGUACUCUCGUCUGAACGAAUCGGCCGAGGAUUAUAAUUAUAUCGACGAUGAUUACGAGACGUCGUUGGAGUAUGAUGAUGGCGAUGAAUCCAGGUGUAGUGAAGAUGGAGCUAUGUCUCUCAGUGGUGCAAUUGCUUCAGGUCUAGACCAGCUCGGAACACCUCACGGUUCCGCGGGAAGCAACAACAGCAUACCUCAAUCAGCAGGGGGUGCCUCUUCCUCUUUCAAUGGGGGCGUGCCCGUUAGUUCCAUGAUCAACGGAACUCGCUCUCGCGCAGAGGCUAAUAUGAAACACAGGGACAAGAAGCAAGUGAAGUUAAUUGGGAUGGAGGGAGAGAAGUCAACAAAAACGACACGAAAGACUGUCAAGCAGAAAACAAGUCCGACAAUCGACCUUCCACGCCUCUUCUCCAAACUAAAAGAGCAGAAAUCCAACCUGCUGGACGUGCGGAAGGAACACAUAGCCUCAUUGCCCUCCUCGAUCAAAGAGCUGACGAAUCUGGAGACGGUGCUACUAGUGUCCAACAGACUGGCCACUCUGCCUCCCGAGGUGUCGCACCUUGUCAAACUCCGCCAGUUGUUCUUGAGUGAGAAUCUGAUUGUGUCGUUGCCGCCGGAGAUGAGCAAACUGAGUGCCUCUCUUGCCGUUUUAGAUCUCAGACAUAAUCGACUAAAGGAGGUGCCCAAUGUAAUAUAUUGCCUGGCGGCGCUCAAAACCCUUCUUCUAUCCUUCAACAAAAUCACAGUCGUUGACGACACCAUCGGAAACCUAACAAACCUUUACACGCUGGCCUUCCGUGAGAAUCACGUGACCUCCCUUCCGAACACGAUAGGUAAGUUGACGAAGCUACAGAACCUGGACAUGAGUCGGAACAAUCUGAGUGUGCUUCCGGAGGAGAUCGGCCACUGUACCCAUCUGACCUCUCUCAUCCUCCCCCACAAUCAACUGGAGAGUCUCCCGGCCUCAGUGGGAAAACUCACCCAGCUCACGCGUCUAGGACUCAAGUACAACCGUCUGGCUGAGGUGCCUGAGAGUUUGUCUCGCUGUGUUCUGCUAGACGAGGUGAACAUAGAGAACAACCUGAUAGUGCAGCUACCGGACGGGAUGUUGCAGCCGAUGAAACAUCUCUCAACUGUAGUCUUGUCCCGCAAUGCCUUCGAAGCACUCCCCAAUGGCAAACCAGACCAGUACAAACUACUUGCGACGUUAGAAGCGGACAGGAACAAGAUAACCAGGAUUCCGUUUGGUUACUUCAGCAAGGCAGAAAACCUUUCUAGACUCAAUCUGGAGAACAAUCAGCUGAAGUCACUCCCACUUGAUUUCAAUACUUGGAGGUCAUUGGUGGAGUUGAACUUGGGCACCAAUCUAUUGGAGAAGAUUCCAGAGGACAUUUCGCGUCUGGAGAAACUGGAAGUGCUCAUCUUGAGCAAUAACCAGAUCAAGAAGAUUCCAAAGACGCUGGGAGAUCUAUACAGGUUGCGAGUGUUGGACCUGGAGGAGAAUCAGCUAGAGACACUUCCCCAGGAGGUAGAGCGACUGCAGAAUCUGCACACUUUGUUGCUCACUUCCAACAGACUAGUCAAUCUACCCAGAUCCAUUGGCAAUCUUGCCAGUCUCCAGAAAUUGAUGAUGGGCGAAAACAACCUGAACGCAAUUCCGGAAGAGAUCGGGAAUCUAGAGCGUCUCGAGGAACUGUACAUCAAUGACAACAUGAAUCUUCACUGGCUGCCGGCCGAAUUGACUCUCUGUGCCUCUCUUCAGAUAAUGUCAAUCGACAACUGUCCCCUGAGUCAACUUCCAGAGGAGAUAGUCUUCGGAGGACCCUCGCUUGUCAUCCAAUAUUUAAGAAUGCACAGCCCUUACAGAUCGGGAUACGUGUAGUGAACACACCUUCAUUGAUACAACAAAUUGUUUUCAGAAGGUUUUCAGCCAAGAAACUGCGAAGGGUGUUUACAUUUUGAAAACAGAAAGGCAUAUCUGCAAUCAAUGAUGGAACCGAAGGGACUGUUUAUUUAUGCUAUC